AUCCUGCCAGGGAGCAUCUGCCCCUAUCUCUCUCCACUGUGGAGCAUCCUUGAGGAAGCCUGGCAGAGCACAGCUACUCCCCUGGACACGCCUACAUCCUCUGGACAACUGGGCCUCACUCAGCCACAGGUGGAAAGCUGACCCAUGUCCCCCCCGGUGUGAUGAGGCUGAGCGGCUGGUUGCUGGCGUGCUGGCUGGCCCAGGCGGGCGUGCUGGGCGUGCGGGGCGAGCAGCUGAAACAGGCCCAGGCCCCGCUGCUGCCCCACCGGCCCUUCGUGGUGGUGUGGAACGCCCCCACCGAGUCCUGCCGCCUGCGCUUCAAGGUGGACCUGGACCUGAGCGUCUUCGACAUCGUGGCCAACCACAACGAGACUCUGAGCGGCCCCAACGUCACCAUCUUCUACCACAGCCACCUGGGCUACUACCCCUACUACACCAGCGCCGGCGUGCCCGUCAACGGCGGCCUGCCGCAGAACCAGAGCCUCAGCAAGCACCUGAGCAAGGCGCGCGCCGACAUCGACAAGCUCGUCCCCGUCAAGGACUUCCGCGGCCUGGGCGUCAUCGACUGGGAGAACUGGCGGCCGCAGUGGGUGCGCAACUGGGGCUCCAAGGACGUCUACCGCAACAAGUCCAAGGAGCUGAUCCGCCGCGUCCACCCCAGCUGGCCCCAGAGCAAGGUGGAGCACGAGGCCAAGGAGCUGUUUGAGCGCGCGGGCCAGGCCUUCAUGAACACCACGCUGCGCCUGGCCCAGAGCCGCCGGCCCCACGGCCUCUGGGGCUUCUACCUGUUCCCCGACUGCUACAACUACGGCUACAAGCAGCACCCGCAGCGCUACACGGGCGAGUGCCCCAACGUGGAGCACGUGCGCAACGACCACCUGAUGUGGCUGUGGAGGGGCAGCACGGCCCUCUUCCCCUCCGUCUACCUGGACUACGAGCUCAAGGCCUCCCCCAACACCGUCAAGUUCGUGCACUACCGCGUCAAGGAGGCCAUGAGGAUCGCUUCCAUCGCACGCAACGACUUCACCCUGCCCGUCUUCGUCUACUCCAGGCCCUUCUACGCCUACACGUUUGUUGUCCUCACUGAGAGUGACCUGGUCCACACCAUUGGAGAGAGUGCAGCUCUGGGAGCGUCAGGAGUGGUGCUGUGGGGCUCCUCAGAGUACGCCAGAUCUGAGAGAAACUGCCUGACAGUGAAGAAAUACAUUGAUGGUCCCCUCGGCCACUAUGUCAUUAACGUGACGUCUGCGGCCAAGUUGUGCAGCAAAGCUCUGUGCAAGAAGAACGGCAAGUGUGUGCGCAAGAGCCUGGACUCGGGGGCCCUCCUGCAGCUGAACCCGCGCUUCUUCCACAUCCAGCGCACCCCGGGGCCCCGCGGCCCGCGCUUCCACGUCCACGGCCACCUCAACCACCACGACAUCCUGGACAUGAAGCACAAGUUCACCUGCCAGUGCUACCAGGGCUGGACGGGCAUCUACUGCGAGAUGCCGCAGACCUCUGCCCUGCAGCCGGCGCCCGCAGACGGCCUCCUGAGCGAGCUGGCGUUGGUGCUGUCCAUGCACUUCUCCUGCCUGUCCAUCAUCAUGUUCCUCAGCCUCUGCCUGCUCAUCAAGUGCCUCAUGCUCUAGACCAGUAGCUGGACAGGACACUCCACAC